UAUUUAUUUAUUAUUUUUUCUUAAGAAUUAACCAUGUCUCAACCUCAAUUCAGUGAAAACGAUCAACGUGAACUUGCUCAGUUCCUUCAAGCAGAACAAGCAAAGGCUCGUGUACAAGAAACAGUUCAUAGUUUGACAGAUAAUUGUUGGGAUAAAUGUAUCUCCAAGGUUAAUAAUAAAUUAGAUCGUUCUGAGGAAUCAUGUCUUGCCAACUGUGUCGAUAGAUUCUUAGAUACCAGUUUAUUUAUUGUUAAACGUUUAGAAGAAUUACGAUCAACUGGCAUGUAAAUAAUAGCAAGGAUAAUAUACAUAAAAUACUGUACUUUUUUUUUAUAUAUAUAAAUAUAUCGUUUAUUGGUGUUUUGUUAUAAUAAAACAGGAUGUAUAAUUAACAAAU